UAGCUAGACAUGAAUUUCUGACACUAUCUGCAAACCCUGUGAAUGAAAUGUUUAGUAGAAUAAUGAGCCCUCAUGUGAAUUAAGCAGCUUCUUGUGAUGACAGCUGAGAUGUUCUCCACAGUUGAAAUUGAUAGGAAUCCUGUCCUCAUCGACCGGUUAUACCUGUCCAUGCUGACAUAAAAGGUUGGUCAUUGUUAGUGUGUAUAAGAUGAAUUGCAUAGGAAGCAGAUCAAAUAUUGAUUCCUGGGAAUUCAAUCAUUUGGAAGAUAUUGGUAGUUGCUUGUACCCGGCCUGCACUCUAAAUUUAUGGAAUUGGAUACUGAAUUGCCUCACAUUGCAAGUGCUGAUAGUGUCAAAUAGUAGUUUCCGUAAGACAAACAAUGAACAAUGUUGGUUAAUUGCACCAAAUAUCUUGUCAAGCUAUGUCGUUGCUGCAAUUACAUUUUUGAUAUAUGGAUGUCGUAUGUUUUGACUUGGUUGGUUGUGCAGUCUGUUGCCAUUUGAAUCCUAUGCUUUUGUAGCUUUGAAAAACUUACUUUCAUAUGUUGUGUAAUACUAUUUUUCUUUCUUCAGGUGCUUGAGGACAUUUUGAAUUGUUGAGGUUGUCGGUCUAAAUUAGAAAUGACUUGAUAUAUGUCGUUCUCAAGUACUCAGAGACUAGUGGCUUAAAAUGAUGAGUUCCUCUCUGUAGAGAGCCCAUAGGAACUGCACGAUAGUUCUCAACUCAAUGUUUUGUUUCGUAAAGACCAAAUUAGGAUUUCAUGAAUCUUUGACAUAAGAAAAUCUCACACUGAUAUAAUAACAGGAGAAGCCAAUUAGCAAUAUACAUGAACAUGGAUCCUGAAACACAAUCAGUCUGCAGUCUAUAUAAGGUCCAUUGUAUGCUGAGAAAGCACUAAGUAGUUUCAGAAUCUUAUUUGGAGUAAUGACACCUGAACUUAAGAUGAUCUAUGCUUUCAUUCUGUCAAGAAUUGGUAGCAAUACUUGAACAAGUUGGAGACCAGUACCUGAACUUGGUUGGAUUGAUAUGUACAAGGAUUGGUACGGAAUGGAUAUGGUCAGUGCGGACCUAAAUGAAUAUUUAGAAAUUAUUUCGGAUUUGAUAUGAAGGUUUACUACAGUAUGGGUCUAUUGGUGUCCAGUCAAACUGGCAUCGGUCAACUGUGGUAUUUAAUUCUAUGAUACAAGCAUCUAAAGUAUGUUGUGAAGUGAUUGCAUGAACCUUCAAGCAUGAUUUACUUUAAAAUCGCAUCUCUCUGUCAAGUUGUUAGAAUUGUAAUAUAUUAGCUUGUGUGUGUGUCAAAGCUUAUUUUAGUAAUGAGUAAAUCUUUCUUUUUUGCAAGUGAAAAAAAGAUUUACAAUAUGCUGUUGAUAUAACAUACUUGGAAAUCUUUUUUUUUUAACUUGCAAGUAAAAAAAAAAAGAAGAUUUACAUAGAUUUUAGUAAUGAGUAAAUCUGAUCAACCUGUCAUGGAUCAGUUGUGCCAUUCUUCUGAUGGUAUGACUUCAAUUGUAGGAGUUGGCCUGCAGCAUUAUAUAUGCUGUUGGUUGCAAAUAUUAGCCAGCUUUGUGUUUGGAUAUAUAAAUUGCUGGUGACAAGCUAUGUGGUUACAAACAUAAAGAAGCUAGUUGAUACUUGCAAGUAUGUUGUUUCGAUCAAGUUCAAUCGCUGAGCUAAGUUUAGGAGUUAGACAUUUAUACACAAAUUGAUUAGUUGAAGUUGUCUCAUUGGUUUCGUGUGCGGCUUUUCCUACUGACAUCAAACCUAUAGCAAGCUGAGUCCAAUCUUUGGUACGACUCAGCCUAUAAUUCUCAUAAGGUGGGAACGUAUUUAUCAUUUCUCACGUCACUUGCGUGUGCUGAUUCUUCUAUUGACUUCAACCUAUUUAUUUUAAUUCCGAAUGCUCAGCUCUGCACAACUGGAGGCAGAUAGAACUACGGCAUUGGAAGAAGAAACAUCCCUUCCCGCGGUUACAUGACAGUAUAAUACGCGGGAAUAUAAAUAACUUCUCUCUGCUUGAGAAGAGGAGGGAUGUUCGCAGAUGAACAAACGGCAAAGAUUUGAUGGGAUUAGUCUUGUUUUUAGUUGGCUUGGCGGAUAGUGAGUUGCAUCGACUGCCCAAUGCGUCUCUCUUGGUGGGUGUGUGUGGGUUCGAUGUUGUCGAUGUUAGUUAAAUCUGAUCCACUGUAGCCUCUCUAAUGUGCACAGUGAGAGCCAAAUGUGUGCGGUUAUAACUCAUUGGAUCAACGCUAUGGAAAGGUUAGUGGUUUUGACUUCAACGAUCACGAUAGAGACGGAGCCUCUCAACUACGCCUUCGUUGGUCGUUACAAACGAGUCGUAUUCGGCGUGCACACUUACUGGCGCUGACACUUGAAUGUCAUGUAAUUUAAGAGAAAUACGAAUUGGAGAUGUUGGCUAAUUACUGAUUAUGCAGAAUUUAGGGGAUUAAGAUUUAAAUGGAAUUUGGACUUCUUCCUCUUCUUCUUCUUCUGACUUAAUUAUUUGGAGGGCCAACAGGCGAGAAUUAAGUAGUGUCUGAACCGGUUUCCCGCCGGCAAUUGCACCCGGUUUUGCCGCCAUGUCGUCGCCUCCUCCGCCCUCGAGCCCGACGCCGUCGCCACCCAACCCCACGUCGCCGCCUCCUUCGAUCGACCCCACGUCGCCACCUCCUUCCGCUCCUCCUCCGAUCAACCCCACGUCGCCGCCUCCUUCCGCUACUCCUCCGAUCAACCCCACGUCGCCGCCUCCUUCCGCUCCUCCUCCGACCAACCCCACGUCGCCGCCUCUUUCCUCUCCGCCUCCAACAGCUCCUCCGCCCGCACCUUCCUCGUCUCCUUCGCUGACGCCGCCGCCCGGUAUUCCGCCGACGUCUCCGCCCACGCCGCCUCCGUCGAGCCCCACCCCUCCCCCGGCGUCUCCUCCGCCGCAGGCGCCUCCUGCCUCGCCUCCCGUGUCGCCAUCGCCUCCUCCUCCUACGGUCACACCUCCACCGUCGCCUCCGCCACCGGUGAACCCGCCCCCGCCUCCGCCGAGCCGGUCUCCCCCUCCGGCCCCACAAUCACCACCGACUUCGCCACCUCCGCCGCCACCAAAGAGCCCGUCUCCCCCGCCGCUCGCUCCGUCGCCUCCUGCGCCACCGACGCCUCUGGGAUCUCCUCCACCGCCACCCGCCCCCUUAGCCUCCAACCCUCCGCCUCCGUUUAAUGCGUCACCGCCGCCACCUCCGUCUUCGACAAAGUCAAGCGAGACAUCGACAGCAGCAAUAGUUGGAGGAGUUGCCGCUGCUGCUGCCAUCGUCGCAUUGUUGUUGGGCAUAUUCCUCUUUUGCUACUGGAGGAGGAGAAGGCAGCGGUCUUCGCCUCCUGCUCCGCCGCCAUAUUUAGUUGAUCCAUAUGCUCCAACCUCACCAGCAAUAUAUACUCUUGCCACAAAGCCAUCUGUCGGAAGCAAAGACUUAAGUUCUGGUUCCCAGCUCUCUGAACCCGAAAAUCCAUUUUUGCCAUCUUCACCUGAAAUUGCCCUUUCAUUCGCGAAGAUUGCCUUCACAUAUGAAGAAUUGGCAAUGGCAGCAGAUGGAUUCUCUGAUGCUAACCUUCUCGGAAAAGGUGGUUUUGGGCAUGUCUAUAAAGGGAUAUUUGAUGGAAAAGAAAUUGCUAUCAAGAAAUUGAUGUCCGGAGGAGGACAGGGGGAUCGGGAAUUCCGGGCAGAGGUGGAGAAGCUCAGUCGUGUUCACCACAGACAUUUGGUAUCAUUGGUCGGAUACUGCAUUUCUGGAAGCCAGAGGAUACUUGUUUAUGAAUAUCUUCCGAAUAAGACUCUUGAAUUCCACUUACAUGGGAAGGAUCAACCAACUAUGGAAUGGCCAACCAGAUAUAAAAUUGCUGUGGGUUCUGCAAAGGGAUUAGCGUAUCUGCAUGAAGACUGUCGCCCUAAAAUUAUUCAUCGUGAUAUUAAGGCUGCCAAUAUCCUUCUUGAUUCAAACUUUGAGGCAAAGGUUUCAGACUUUGGACUGGCUAAGUUUCAAGGUGAAAGUGAUACCCAUGUUUCGACCAGAGUUGUGGGAACUUUUGGGUAUGUGGCACCAGAAUAUGCAACUUCUGGCAGACUCACAGAUAAAUCCGAUGUUUUUUCUUUUGGGGUCGUGAUGCUGGAGUUAAUCACUGGAAGAAGACCUGUUUAUUCAAAUCAAUCUUACAUGGAUGAGUCUUUGGUUACCUGGGCAAGACCUUUGCUGACACAAGCUGCAGAGGUGGGCAACUACGAGGCCCUGAUCGAUCCACAUCUGGAGAACUACGACCCUAAUGAGAUGAUACGUAUGAUUGCUUGUGCCGCUGCUUGCGUGCGCCAAUCUGCAAAACUUCGUCCAAGGAUGAGCCAGAUUGUUCGAUACUUGGAAGGAGAAAUAUCUCUUGAGAUGUUGCAUGGAGAAGUUUUGCCAGGCCACAGUGCUCUCCAGGCUUCAUCCACUUAUGAUUCUAGCCAAAACAAUGAGCAUAUGGUAAGGUUAAGGCGGAUGGCAUUUGCAAAUCAAGAUACGAGCAACAGCUUAUUUAGUGAGCCGAUCAGCGAGUCUGAUCCAGAAGCAUAUAAUGAUGAGAUCAGCAGAUUGAAGAAGAAGAGCACCUCAGAAUCCAGUUCUGCUGUAUAGGAUUUGAUUUAUGUAUACAUUUGUUGUACAAUUUCUCCCGCUUGUGUUUUCUUGUUGCUAUAUACGAUUCAUGUGCACCUGCUAACUUGUGGGUGGGUAAAUAAACCAUAGUUAGAAGGGUUGAUGUGAUGGCUGUAUACUCUUUUGUAAUUUAUAUAAAGCAUGGUCGGGGAUUCGUUACUUCCGAACCUAA